GACAGGCAGAGUGUAAAAUGGCGCACAGCUGUCGGUGGCGGUUCCCUGCUCGCCCCGGAGGGAGCAGCAGCUCGGGUACCGGGAGGAAAGCGGGCCGAAUUCGGGUGACUGCUUCCCUCCGAAACAGUGCUGGGACUUAUUCCAACGCGAAUGGGCUCGGGCCCGGUUACGACGCUGCGUUGCAAGUGUCCUCUGCCAUCGGCAGCAACCUGCAGAAAUUUCGGGAUGUUUUGGGGGAGUCGAGCGGCUCCAGCAGCGGGGAGGAAGAAUUUGGAGGCUUUAGCACAGACAGUGACAACAGAAGAAUACAUAGCCCAGCAAGGACAUCAAUAGGUCCUAUCACACCCGAAAAGAAGCCAAGAGGACGUCCUCCCAGGGCUCUGGCUGCACAGAAGGUUGGCGCUAAUGUUGAGACAGCUCCUUUGCCUGUUGCCACAGUUCCUUCAAAGAAGGUAAAGCGACCACCAGGGAGGCCUCCUGGAUCUGGAGAAAAAAGAAGAGGCCGCCCUCAUGCUUCUGCCAGCCAAAGGAGCUGGCAACAGAGUGGCCAUGCACUGCCUGAAGAUGGCAGGAAUGCAGCACAGGAGAGCAGCACCAGUCCUGCGCAUCGCAAGGACAUUGUGGAGAAGGAAGACAAGGAGAAAAGGCAAAUUCUGCUAGGGUCUGGGCAGCGUCAUGGAUCUGAGGCCAAGCUUCACAAAAUCAGCCGGGAAUCCAAAGUGACCAAAUUAAAACAACUGCAGGACAUCAAACUGAGCCCACUUAAGUCUAAGCUGAAGGCCAUUGUGAGGAAGGGUGUCCCAGUUACUGGUGUGGAAAGACGGAAGCGGGGCAGGCCGCCUUCUGCGGAGCGCCUCAAAGCUGAGGCUGCUGCUGCUGCUCAAGCUGCUAUUGCCUCCUCUGUCCAGGAGUUGUCCUCUAUAGCAACUGGGACUGGAAAAAAUAAGGCCUUCAGGGUUCGUCAGGUACAAGAUUUGGGUCCCCACACUUCACAUGAUCUCAAGCUCAGGGCUUCUCAUCCUGCUGAUGAAUGCACUAGCCCAGAUUCCCAUGACUCCCCUCCAACAUUUUACCCUGUAACCCCAACUAAACUUGGGAGACCAUUAGGGUUACGUCAGAGCCCUCGACAUAUCAAGCCUGUGCGUGUUGUGCCUCCCUCCAAACGCACUGAUGCCACUAUUGCAAAGCAAUUGCUGCAGCGGGCAAAGAAGGGGGCUCAGAAGAAGAAACUAUUAGAAAAAGAAGCUAUAGGCACCCAGGGAGCUACAGGUCUUGAGGGUGGGCGGCACAGGAGGCGAACGCAGCUAACGAAUAUCAGGCAAUUUAUCAUGCCUGUUGUGAGCACAGUGUCCUUGCGUAUCAUCAAGACUCCUAAGCGGUUCAUUGAGGAUGAGGCCAGUUUCAGCACUCCACCACCACACAUGAAAAUUGCGCGACUGGACUCUGCGGCAUCUGCCUCAGCACCACAACCCAUAGCCUCAUCCUCCCCUGCUCUUGUUUCCACAGCUCCGGUCACAAGUGGAACUGCUUCCAUACCUGGGGUGGGGCCUACUGUUGACUCUCUCCCUUCCCUGCCAUCCCCUGUCCCAAUUCCCAGUGUUUCCGCCGUUGCAGCUAGUCUUCUUAACAGCAGCUGCAACAACAGCACUAGCAACGGGCGCUUUAGUAGCAGUGCGGCAUCCUGUGGCUCCAGCGCUGUUUCACAGCAUUCCUCUCAGCUCUCCUCUGGUGAAUCGUCUCGCUCCAGCAGCCCCACCCUUGAUGACUCCUCUUGUGAUUCUCAGGCCUCCGAUGGCACCCAGGCCCUCUCAGAAGAGCCUGAUCAUUCCCCUGCCUCUCAGGGAGAGACAGAGACCAGCUUGCACCAUGCCUCUCACCCACCAUCUCCACCAUCCGAGCCAGAGCCAGACCAUGUAGUGUUGUUGGAGCGCAGCAGGCGGGGUCGCAGAGGUCAGAGUCAUAGGAGGGGGGCCUUAGUGGCACGCAGUAGGGGCAGCCUGAUAAGUGGAAGGAAACAGGCCAUCAUCAGUCCAGCCACAGGGGUUUUGAUGUCAUCAUCUGUUUCACAGGCUGGAUCUCAACAAGCCUCUUCCACAGCUUCUUCCUCCUCUUCCCCACCUCCUCUUCUCAGCCCUCUUCAGCCCCCCCAGGCAGCUUCAUCCAGUGCAUCUGAGCAUCAUUCCCAUUCUACAUGGAUGAUGCCACAUUCCAUUGCCCCCUUCCUGCCCACCCCACCAAUGCUCUCCAGCUCUCAUGACAAAAGGCGCUUUAUACUACGGGAGCCCACUUUUCGCUGGAAAUCUUUGUCAUGUGCUGAAAAUAGGUACUUCUCCUCUGCCAAGUAUGCAAAAGAGGGCCUUAUUCGUAAGCCCACUUUCGACAACUUUCGUCCUCCACCACUCACUGCAGAGGAUGUGGGACUCAUGCCUCCAGGGCCUGGUGGAGGUGGUGUCACACCAGGAGGAUUCCCUGCACCAAGUGGUACAGCUGGGGCAGGUACCAGGCUUUUCUCCCCCAUGCAUCAUCACCACCACAAUCACCACCAGCAUCCCUCAUCACGGUUUGAUACACCACAUCAAAAGCGCAGCCCCCUACUGCGCCCCCCUCUUUUCACUCCAAGUGCGGCUCAUUCCCGCAUCUUUGAGUCAGUCACGCUCCCGUCCUCCUCAGGGAGCAGCCCUGGCUCUCUGUCCCCUCUUCAGCUCUCGCCAACAUCAAACAAAAAGAGGAAGGGGUCGAGGUUCUCCCGUGGACAACCCAGGUCACCCUCACACUCCAUGACUACCAGGAGCAGUCAGUCAGGAGUCCAGACAGGGAAAACUGCCUCUGAACAUCCCUUGUUAAGCAGUUCUGUUCCCAUAAGCGUGACUGGUAAUUCCAGUCCUUUGCCUGGAGUUGCAGUCAGUCCACUUGCUGCCAGUGCCUUAAUUCAAGCUUUCAGCAGCUUCUCCUCAGGCUCCAUUGGCCUUACGAGCCAUGGGGUUUCCGAUGGGCAACGAGCUGCUGGGAGUCUUGGUGUGAGUGGGAGUUCUGCUUCAUCUUCACAGCUCUUCCCUCUUUUUACCCCCAGUCUUCAAGCUUCAGGUGGGGGUCCUGGAAAAGCAGGAAAGGAACGGAGUGCCUCUACUUCUAGAGACAUUGGUCCAAAGGACAAGGACAGGGAGACGGAAAAGUGUAGAGAGCGUGGAAAGGAAAACAAAAGAGAUGGGAGGAAGGAUUGGGAUAAAAGAGGGAAGAGCCUUCCAUCAGAGGCUUCUCCCAGUUCUACAUCCAGCCUUUUUGCAGUUGAGGCGAGGGACAUUGAAGAAACUCUCACCCAAAAAAGAACUCCUGGUCGUAAGAAGUCUGUUACGAUUGACUCUGGUACGGAGGCCUCCCCGAGCGACUCAGCCGAGCAACCAGUUGGGGCCCUGUCAUCCAAGGGUCGUCUGCCCAAAAAAGGCAGACAUUCAGAGAAGAAUAGUGAAACAGAGGGAGUAGAGAGGGAGAAAGACAAGGAGAGGUUGAAUGCUCCUAUCCAGGCAGGGCAGAUGGGAAAACCCCCUGCCACCACAUCACUGGGCUCCAUGUUAGCUCGUGCUGAGAAACAGCCAGUCACAGACAGGCGUGUUGCAGGACUGCUGAGAAAGGCAAAGGCUCAGCUCAGUAAGAUAGAGAAGAGAGAGUUACAACCUGGUGAUCAGCCCAAAUUGCAGGUUCAGGAGAGUGACUCCUCUGAGACAUCAGUUCGUGGUCCACGCAUUAAGCAUGUGUGUCGUCGUGCAGCUGUAGCUCUUGGUCGCAACCGUGCUGUGUUCCCAGAUGACAUGCCCACCCUUAGUGCCUUGCCAUGGGAGGAAAGAGAAAAAAUCUUGUCUUCCAUGGGAAACGAUGACAAAUCAUCAGUGGCGGGGUCAGAGGAGGCUGAACCACCCACACCUCCCAUUAAGCCAAUAACAAGGCAGAAAAUGGUCCAGGAGGCUGCACCCAGAAAAGGCCGGCGCUCUCGACGCUGCGGGCAGUGUCCAGGCUGCCAGGUCCCAAAUGACUGUGGGGUCUGCACCAACUGCCUGGAUAAGCCCAAAUUUGGGGGACGCAAUAUUAAAAAGCAGUGCUGCAAAGUAAGGAAGUGUCAAAACUUGCAGUGGAUGCCUUCAAAGUUUCUUCAGAAGGAGGCGAAAGCUACAGGUAAAAAAGAUAAGAAGAGGAAUAGACUGUCAGAAAAGAAGGAUGCACAUCACAAUGUCAAAUCUCAGUGUUCUGAAGCAAGUACCAAACCAGCCCCUCCUCCUUCAAAGGAUGACCCUCCCCGUAAGAAAAGUGAAACUCCACCACCUGUGCAGGGAGAGGACAAACAAAAGCAGACACAACCAACAUCGCCACCCUCACCAACCUCUUCCCCAAAGGAAUCUACUCUCUCUAGUCCCGAUGAUCCCAAGCAUUCUCAAGCCCCUUUGAGCUCAGCCUCCAGAAAAGAACGGAAGCAGCAGCCCAGUCCUUCAUUAACAUCUCUGCAUACAGCUCCAUCGUCCCCACCAGCACAUUCCCAGCAGUGCUUGCAGCAGCAAAGCCAAGUGCCAGCAAAAAAGGAAGGCCUUGCGAAGUCCCAGCCCAGUGAGUCCAAGAAGUCUCAGCAACAAAGUCAACCCUGCUCGGCCACAGACACAGCAUCUGAAGCAAAACUAAAGAAACAGACCACUCGAUGUGUGCAACCACCCAAGUCUAAACCAAAAGAGAAGGAAAAAAAGAUAGCCUCCAAACCUGACCUCAGUACUUUAAACUCCCAGAGCACUCCCUCGACUGGGGGCACCACCAAGCAGAAAGCGCCCUGCGAUGGAGUGCAUCGAAUCAGAGUAGAUUUCAAGGAGGACUAUGACAUUGAGAAUGUGUGGGAGAUGGGUGGGCUCAGCAUUCUCACCUCUGUGCCAAUCAACCCGCGGGUGGUGUGCUUUCUUUGUGCCAGCAGUGGUAAUGUAGAGUUUGUUUUCUGUCAGGUGUGCUGUGAACCCUUCCAUCUCUUCUGCUUGGGAGAGACAGAGCGCCCCCAUGAGGAACAGUGGGAAAACUGGUGUUGUCGCCGAUGCCGCUUUUGCCAUGUCUGUGGCCGGAAAUAUCAGAAAACCAAACAGCUACUGGAGUGUGACAAGUGCCGAAACAGCUAUCACCCUGAGUGCCUGGGACCCAACCACCCUACCAGACCGACCAAGAAGAAAAGAGUCUGGAUUUGCACCAAGUGUGUGUGCUGUAAGAGUUGCGGAGCCACCAAACCAGGGAAGGCCAGAGAUGCCCAGUGGUCACAUGAUUUCUCUUUGUGUCAUGACUGUGCCAAACUCAUUGCUAAAGGCAAAUUCUGCCCUCUCUGUAAAAAGUGCUGUGAUGAUGAUGACUAUGAUAGCAAAAUGAAGUGUGGGAAGUGCGAGUGCUGGGUGCAUGCCAAAUGUGAAAGCUUAACAGAUGAUAUGUAUGAGUUCUUGUCGAAACUGCCUGAGAAUGUGGUCUACACCUGCAUAAAAUGCACUGAGUGCCAUCCUGCUGAGUGGCGCACUGUCUUGGAGAAGGAAAUUGAGAAGUCCAUGCGCCAAGUUCUCACUGCCCUACUCAACUCCCGCACAUCCACUCACCUGCUUCGCUACAGACAGGCGGUUAUGAAGCCUCCUGAGCUGAAUCCGGAGACUGAAGAGAGCCUUCCCUCACGCCGGUCCCCAGAGGGCCCUGACCCUCCUGUGCUAACAGAAGUCUUGCCGCCAAAUGAUUUGCCCCUCAAUUUAGAGUCUGUGGAGAAGAAAAUGGACUCUGGACAAUAUAAAUCUGUUCUUGAGUUCAGUGAUGACAUUGUGAAAAUCAUCCAGACAGCCAUCAAUUCAGAUGGAGGUCAGCUGGAGAGCAGGAAGGCCAACAGCAUGCUCAAGUCCUUCUUUAUUCGGCAAAUGGAGCGGAUUUUUCCAUGGUUCAAGGUUAAGGAGUCCAAAUUUUGGGAGAUGCACAAAGUCUCUCCCAAUAGUGGACUACUUCCCAAUGCUGUCUUGCCCCCUUCUUUGGAUCACAACUAUGCUCAGUGGCAGGAGAGGGAGGAGAUAGCCAGGGCUGAGCAGCCUCUGCUCAUGAAAAAGAUCAUCCCUGCUCCCCGGCCUAAAGCCCAUAGAGAGCCUGACUCCCCGAUGCUCCCCACACCACCACCACCUCCAACACCUGGGCAUAUCCAUGACCCAAAUCAUGAAGAAAGCACCGAACUUCCCCCUCCUCCUGGUGUCAGUGACAACAGACAGUGUGCGCUUUGUCUGAAUUAUGGAGAUGACAAUACAAAUGACUGUGGGAGACUGCUUUAUAUUGGCCAGAAUGAGUGGACCCAUGUGAAUUGUGCACUGUGGUCAGCAGAGGUGUUCGAGGAUGUUGAUGGUUCUCUCAAAAAUGUCCAUAUGGCAGUCAUUCAAGGCAAAAAGCUGCGAUGUGAGAAUUGUCACAAACCUGGAGCAACAGUAAGUUGCUGCCUGACUUCCUGUGCCAGCAGCUACCACUUCAUGUGUGCACGACAGCAGCAGUGUGCCUUUUUAGAGGACAAGAAGGUUUACUGUCAGCAUCAUAGAGAUCUGAUAAAGGGGGAGGUGGUGCCAGAGUCAGGCUUUGAAGUGACUAGGAGGAUUCUUGUGGACUUCAGUCUGAGGGAAUCAGAGGGAAUCAUUCUGAGAAGGAAGUUUCUUAAUGGGCUUGAACCAAACAACAUCCACUUGAUGAUAGGUUCUAUGACCAUCGAUUGUCUUGGCAUGCUAACUGAGCUGUCAGAUUGUGAGAGGAAGCUAUUUCCUGUGGGAUACCAAUGCUCGAGGGUCUACUGGAGUACUCUAGAUGCCCGUAAGCGCUGCGUCUAUAAAUGUAGAAUUUUGGUUUGCUGCCCCUCUGUGACAGAAACUAUCAAUAAUUGCACAGCAGCUCCAGAGCACAACCACACAGUUGCUCAUAGUCCUCCACCUGUUUCAGCUGAAGUGGACACUGCUUUGCCUGUACCUACAGAUUCCAUAAAACCCUAUAAUGUGCCUUCCACACCAAAGCCAAUGGUUUAUUUUAGAAACAGACACCCCAGCUACCCACCAUGUCAUCAUUCUCCUUCUAACAGACCACUUCCCUCCCCAGAUGGUUUUAGCAGUUCCACCCAUGAAAUUGUGACUGUUGGUGAUCCUCUGCUGAGCUCCAGUUUACGAAACAUCGGAUCUCGUCGGCACAGCACUUCCUCUGUCUCCCCUCAGCCACCUAAGCAAAAGGUUUCCUCCCCUCCACAGGGAGGCACAGUAUCCAGUAAGACAAGCAAUCCAUCUGCCCCCUCCCUAUCCACAACCUCUAAGGAACCUUUUGCCAGAGAAUCCGAGAAAGGAAGAGCACCAUCUGGAGACCGAUCCCACAGUCAAGAUGCAAAUACAGUAAACAGUGGGGCACAACGUCGACUCAGUUUUGGUUUCAUGGAGAGAAUAGAUGGUAAUAGAGAAGUAACCAAAAAGCAGUCUGAGAGUGAAAGUUUGAAAUCAUUGCAACCAGCUAGCAUAAGUCAGGUGUCACCACCUCUCGGGACUGCAGUUUUGACAGGACAUCAGAGAGGAAGUGGAAGUCUGAAAACUGAGAAAGGAAAACAAGCCACAAAAGAUACAGACCUACCAGCCGGAGUCACUUUUACAUCUAGUCAUCCACUUGCCACUCUUCCACAAGACAAAACAAAUCCAGUCAAGGACGGAAAUGUGACAUCAUUGCUUGCAUCAAAAGACACGGGAAAGACUGGGUCUCCUCAACGGAUUUACAGCAAAAGUGGAGGUAGGAAUUCCCAUGACUGUGUAUCUGGCCCAGCUCCAGCAGUGGCUAUGAAGCCACUCUGGUCAUUGGGUGCCAAGGUGGGUGAAAAAGAUAUAAAGCGUGGCUUCCAGGCAAGUCCUGCCAACAUUUCUAGUCAUGGAACCUCUAGCACCAAAGAAAAACACUCCAAAGUAAAAAUAAAUCUGAGCAGGGAUGUUUCAAAAGAGACUACUCAAAAAAGAAACCUAGAUCUCAACAGCAACCCUAAAGGCAGUAAUGUCAAAACACAAAUUCAAGGUCCACCUGCACACAAUAUUAGCAAUAAAGCCACAGCACUGAGCAGUAACACAGUUCCUGGCUCAGUAGAAGUUAAUAAAUUUGAUCAGAAGGAAGGGGAGAAACCCUUAAAGUCCAAAGAGAGAUUUAGCUGUAUUAGACCACCACAGCUACACCCUAAAUCAAAUAAGGAAGUUACUCCAGUUGAGAAGAAACGUACAGAGAGGCUGCCUUUGAAAAUGGACCCUAAUGGGACUAAAGUUGUUAACGUAUCCCCCAACACAAAUACAUUAACUUCCAUUACCCCUGGCACCCAGGGCCCACAAAGAAGGUCCUCUCGGGCAAUGGUUUUCUCCCCAUCAGCAAGCUCUGAGAGCUCCGAGUCAGACAGCCACAUCCACCCCGAUGGAUCUGAGGAGCACCUCAUAAACCACCAGUGUGCUGAUGAUGGGGAGGACCACAACUUGGAGGAUGAAGGCAGUGUUGACAAACACCAUGAGGAGGACAGUGAUGGUUCGGCAGGUUCGGCAAAGCGCCGGUACCCAAGGCGGAGUGCCCGUGCUCGAUCUAACAUGUUCUUUGGACUAACCCCUUUCUAUGGUGUGCGAUCAUAUGGUGAGGAAGACAUACCCUUCUACAGCAGUGGGGAAAUCUCCAUGAAGAAGCGGACAGGAGGCAGCAAGCGUUCAGCUGAAGGACAAGUAGAUGGGGCAGAUGAUAUGAGCACAUCCUCCUCAGCAGAGAGUGGAGAGGAUGAGGAGGGAGCAAUAGGUUCAAAUAAGGAUGUGUAUUAUUAUAACUUCACACGCACUAUCAUAAACCCAAACUCUGGUCUUCCGCCUAUUGCAGGUAUUGAUCAAUGUUUAGGAAGAGGGUCACAGAUCCACAGGUUCUUGAGGGAUCAGGCAAAGGAGCAGGAAGAUGAUAGUGAUGAGGUGUCUACUGCAACCAAGAAUUUGGAACUGCAACAAAUUGGUCAGCUGGAUGGUGUGGAUGAUGGAUCUGAGAGUGACAUCAGUAUAAGCACCAGCAGCACAACCACUGCUGCUACUACAUCCACCCACAAGACAUCUACCAAGAGGAGAGGUAGAGAAAGUCGGACAGAAAAAUUAAGCCUUGACUCAGGGAAAGAGGCAGAGAACGCCCCAAGUGGAGGGGCAGGAGGCUGUAACAGUCGGGACACGCGUAAAAACCAUAAGGAUAUCUGUCUUCCAUUAGGGACUGUGAAAACACAGGGACAAGAUCCUCUUGAAAAUCAGUUGACUCUAACCACAGAUCUUCUGAAGUCUGACUCUGAUAACAACAACAGUGAUGACUGUGGUAACAUCCUACCCUCUGAUAUUAUGGAGUUUGUGCUGAAUACCCCGUCGAUGCAGACUUUAGGACAGCAGACAGAAGCUCCCUCUACAGAACCCUUCUCUUUAGAUGAAAGUUAUGGGGUGGAUGUUAACCAAAGAAAGGACAUGCUGUUUGAAGAUUUCACUCAACCGCUGACCAGUGCUGAACCUGUAGAGGGUGGGGUCAACACCUCAAUUGCUGUAGAAGAGUCAUAUGGUCUUCCUCUUGAGCUGCCCUCUGACCUUUCUGUGCUAACAACUCGAAGUCCCACAGUAAAUAACCAAAAUCAUGGCUCACUCAUCUCUGAGACCUCAGAGCGCACCAUGCUGACUCUGGCCACAGAGGAAUCAGGAGUAGAAAAAAGUAGGAAGAAGCAGACAACAGGGUCCACUGCUUCCAGUAAAAGCCCACAGGACCGAUGCAGAGAUUCACAGAAUGCAGAAGGUCAUAUGACUCCAGAACAUUUUAUUCCUGCAGGCAUUGAUGGUGACCAUAUCUCUAGUCCUGGAGUAGCACCUGUGGGAGAGACCGGGAACCAAGAUCUGACAAGAACUACUAGCACACCAGGUCUGCCCAGCUCACCCACUCUGCCCCCCCAGAGCCAGAAAUUCAUCCCUGCUGCCACCGUUAGCUCAGGUCCCUCUCCAAUUGCAAGCUCUGCUGUUCAAGCAACCACCUCUCAAUUGAAGCCUGGCCCAGAGAAACUGAUAGUGCUAAACCAACAUCUGCAGCCACUCUAUGUAUUGCAGACUCUUCCCAAUGGUGUAACUCAAAAGAUUCAGAUUGCACCAUCUGUUAGUGGAACAGGUGUCAUGAACACUAGUGCCCCUGUCUUGUCAGGUAUCAGUGCUGGCAUCUCCACCUCUCAGUCAAUUUUUCCUGCCAGUGGAAAAGGUUUAGUGCCUGUAUCUCAUCACCCACAAAUCCAAGCGUUCACUAGUACCACUCAGACAGGUUUCCAACCAGUUAUUCCAAGCACCACAUCAGGCCUCCUUAUCGGAGUCCCCUCCCAUGAUCCCCAGAUUGGAAUGACUGAGGCAGGACAUAGACAUGAUCAUGCCCCAAGUGUUGCUAUGGUGUCUAGUGCUUCAUCUGUCACCCCAAGUCCAACUAUGCUUCCUUCUGGGCAUAGCAAGAAGCGGCCCAUUUCUCGUCUUCAGUCCCAUAAAAGCAAGAAACCGGCUCGUACAAAGAGCCAACCCCCACUUGCUCCUUCUUCAGAUGUUGGGCCCAAUAUGACUCUCAUAAACCUCUCACCUUCACAGAUUGCUGCUGGAAUCCCUGCACAGACAGGCUUGAUGGAACUAGGAACAAUAGCCGCGACUGCCACACCUCAUCGCAAAAUUCCCAACAUCAUAAAACGACCUAAACCAGGGGUAAUGUACUUGGAACCUACUCUUCUACCACAUCCCAUGCCCAUUUCAACCACAGCUCAGCCUGGCAUGAUGGGACAUGAUUCCUCAACUCACCUGCUGCCAUGCACUGUGUCAGGGCUCAACCCAAACCAGUCUGUUUUGAAUGUGGUGUCUGUGCCUGCCAGUGCACCUGGAAGCUUCUUGGGAGCAAGCUCUGUAUCACUGAGUGCACCAAGCCUCAAUAACCUGACUGAGAUCACAGGACCUAUAAGCAACCUUCUUAUCAAAGCCAACUCUCACAACCUGGGCCUUCCGGAGCAGCAAGUGGUUCUUCAUUCAGGAAACCCCAUGAUGUCUCAGCUAACUAAUCCUGCCCAGACAUCCAUAGCCAGUAGCAUCUGUGUUUUUCCUCCAAACCAAAGCAUAAGCAUGUCUGUCAACCAGCAGGUGGAGAAAGAGGGCAGUGUUAAUUUCCAGCACCCAGUCAGUCGGGUCUUGGCAGAUAAAACUCUUGACCCAAAUGCAAAUUUGUCUCUUGGCCCUAAUCCCAUUGCUCCAGACCUGAACAAAGGCCAUGUAGUUGGAGUCCUCACUCAGAGCUCACGAACCUCUCCCAUCUCUCGACCACCACAUCAGCAACAACCCUUGAAAUCAUCUGCUGGAGCAUCCUCCAUAGCUGUUGGUAAGGGAAAGCAAAAGACGAAAAGGCCUCGGGUGAGCCUAGAUAAGACCAGUGUAAAGAAGCGAAAGGGACUUAAUUCAGAUACACCAACUGUUGAUGCCUCUGCAAUCCAAAUCUUCCCAGGGGACCAAGAACUUUCAUCACUUGAGCCAAUGGACACAGGACUGUCUAAUGAAACAGGUUCAAAAAAGAGUGAUUCUGCCAGUAUGACUGCUGAGUCCUCUGCUCUUAAACAUAAGACCAUAGACAUUCAUGAAGAGAAACAAAAGACUGAAGGACUGCCUUGUAAGGCUGAUGGGAAAAGAUCGAAAGCAUUCUCAGUGGUAACACCUGAUCCGAGGGACAGUGUGAGAGACUCUUCUCUGGACUACAAGCCCAAGAAAGGUCUCAUAUUUGAAAUCUGCAGUGAUGAUGGAUUUCAGAUUCGCUGUGAAAGUAUUGAGGAAGCCUGGAAGUCCCUGACAGAUAAGGUGCAAGAAGCUCGUUCCAAUGCUAGACUUAAGACAGUUUCAUUUGAUGGAGUGAAUGGUUUGAAGAUGCUGGGUGUGGUUCAUGAUGCUGUAGUGUUUCUGCUGGAGCAGCUAUAUGGAGCCAGGCAUUGCCGAAACUAUAGGUUCCGCUUCCACAAACCCGAGGAACCAGAUGACCCUCCCAUCAACCCUCAUGGAUCUGCCCGUGCUGAGGUGUACAACAGGAGGUCAGUUCUGGACAUGUUUAAUUUCCUAGCAUCCAAACACCGUCAGCCACCUGAAUACAACCCACAGGAGGAAGAUGAGGAGGAGAUUCAGCUGAAGUCUGCUCGACGGGUCACCAGCAUGGACCUGCCACUACCUAUGAGGUUCAGGCACUUGAAGAAAACAUCCAGGGAGGCUGUAGGUGUCUACAGAUCAGCCAUACACGGCAGAGGCCUGUUCUGCAGAAGGAAUAUUGAUGUUGGAGAAAUGGUGAUAGAGUAUUCCGGAAAUGUCAUUCGCUCUGUCCUCACUGACAAGCGGGAGAAGUACUAUGAUGGCAAGGCAAUUGGCUGCUACAUGUUUCGUAUCGACGAUUAUGAGGUGGUGGAUGCAACCAUGCAUGGAAAUGCAGCCCGUUUCAUUAACCAUUCCUGUGAGCCCAACUGCUACUCCCGUGUAGUCAACGUUAAUGGUCAGAAGCACAUUGUCAUUUUCGCCAUGCGCAAAAUCUAUAGAGGCGAGGAGCUCACAUACGAUUACAAGUUCCCUAUUGAGGAACCAGGCAGUAAGCUGCCUUGCAACUGUGGGGCAAAGAAGUGCCGCAAGUUCCUCAAUUAACUCGCAAGCUAAGACCAACUGUGAAAUGCUAUCAAGAGUCUUUCUUUCAAGGGAAGUUUUUUGUUUUUUAAUUGAAGCAGGCUCAGGUUAUUAGAGGGUUGAUGGUAUUGUGCCUCUAAAGAAUGGUUUGAUUUUAGAAAAGGAAAUUGAACAGAUUUAUAAUGGAAAGGGUGGCCCUUAUUUCCCCUUUAUCAAUGCCCAUUUUAAGAGAUUAGUCAUUUUUGUUUGUGGUCUUUUAUUUGAUUUUCUUUUGUUCUGUUUUAAGAAGGAUAUUGUGAACUAUUUUAAAUUUGUAUUAUGUAGAUUCUGGCCUGCCCUUAAGAAAUGUGACAGAUUACUGAAGAAUUGCCACAUCAUUCCGUUCUACACCAAAGUGCAAUUUUGGAAGGGAAAGAUUGAAUCCUUUUAGAUUAAUGAACUGCAGUCAGUACAUAAUCCUCUUUUUUUAAAACCUGACCUGUUUAGACCUCUCUCUCUUUUUGAAUGUACAUUUAAAGCCUUCAGAGCAUCCAUGGUCGUCCUUGCCAAGCUGGACCUGAUUCUCUGAAAGGAAGGCAUUAUAAAUAUAAUCUCAGAGAUGAUGGAGAGGGAAACACUAGGUGGAGCAGUGGAAUAGAUCAUAUGGAGAAAAAUGGCAAAUGUUUAUUUUGUCAAUUUAGAAAGUAACAUGAGUAUACUUGUACUGUGUUUGAAGAGUAGGCCAGCAAAGGGUUUGUGGCCUGUAGGGGCUGGCUGGGCAGAGAUCCUGGUGGACUGACAGCCAGUGGACCAGAGCAAUUUCUGAGGUCUGGGGGGGGGGGGAUUACAUGUUUUUAUUCACUAUCCAUUUUUAUUGCAAUUCAGAUGGAAAGUAGCAAAUUUUUGUAUUGAAAAUAAAUUAUAAUUUGCAUGUUUUAAGGCAUCUUACAAAAACUAGGAGGAUUGAAUUGAUCUUGGCAAAGAGUCCAAAUGCUAUAACCAUUUUAUUUGUGUCUCAGCGGUAAAGAGAUUAUUUCUCUCUAAACCGUAGUUAUGUACACAAUACAUGUUUAUUUAAGGCAAUUUGAAACUUUAAAAUGUUUUCUCUCUCGUGUCAUUGACAAAGAAAUAUCAUUCUUUUAGUAUGUAAAUAAUAUAUUUUUCUAUACAAAGGACUAAAAAAAGCACUCAUUGGUGAAUAGCACUUAACAAUUGUAUUUAUAUUUUUAAUAAAACAUUGUAUUUAUUUUAUCAGCAUUUUUGUAGGAAAUAGAGAUUUACAACACUAAUGCUUUGUCAGACAUUUUUAUAGCAGUGUCUCGAAAGAUUUUUUUUUUAGUUGGAUAUUUUUUUGUAGGUCGAAUAUUUCUUUCUAUUCCAAAGACUGAAGCAGUUACUGUUACCACAGAGUGCGGUCCACCAGUGGCUCUCAUUGCCAACCCAAGUCAAGCAUGGACAUUUAAAAAAUUCAAAUAAGAGUGUAGGUUUAGUGAGCUGUGAAGCAUUUGAGGGAGUGUGGAUCUGUUUAAUAGGACUCUCUCCUCUGUGCCAGCCUUAAAAUCACAAACAGGAACAGCCUGCCUUCCCCUAAAAUACCCUCUUUUGUGAUUUGUAAACUUCAGCGCAUCUUCUCUAAAGUGGGAAAUGUCUGAAAGAUGCAUAAAAUUGUUCUCUACUGUUCUAGCAACUGAAAAGUCCCAAAGUUUAUUCCAUAUAUUUUGUUAUAUCGAAAUAUUUUCAUAAAGAUUGGUGUAAUGCAAGGAAUUUGCCACGUAGGCUAUCCCAUAUAAAAAUACUUCUAAAGCACUAUAUAUGUGGAGGAAUGGAGGGCAGAGGGCUCUCGUUUACUCUUGGUCUUGUGCACUGAAGAUCAGUCUUCUUCAACACAUGUUGCCUUGACACUGCAUGAACGCUCCAGCUAGCCAUUCAGUCAAUGCACAUUAUGUGCUCGUAUCAUCUCUUCUUUCUUUCUUAAAUGUGGACCCCCACCCCUUUACACUCCUUUUUUAGGGCCAAAGCUUUGUCCCCUAUUUAAAUUAGGCAAUGGUUGCGCCAAAACAGACCUGGGUUUUUUAUUUUGUAAAUGUUCUUCCAUGGUUGUUCUGUCUUUCAGAUCUGAAGUUUGGUGCCUUCUCAGUCAAUUUCUUGAUAAUUUUUGUUUAUGGAUGAAUUCCCAUUUUGUGUUAUAACUUGGACAGUCUGACUGCUGUCAAGCUUUAUCAGAAUCGGAGAAAUCUCUUAACUAUGAAUAAAAAUGUUAACGUUUUAACUAUGGCACAAACAUUCAUUUUAUGGGUAAACGAUCCACUUAUAAUUAGAAUUUUUUUUAUUUUUUUUUUUUUUAUGUAAAGUUACAAUGCUUUUUAAAGGGAUGCUGUAGUACGAGGGUGUUGCUUGGGAUCUGAACAUACCUCUAGACAAAGCUGCUUUGUGCAACUGUAGCUUCCUUAGAAAGCCACCAUCAAGGCCAGUUCCUUUUUGUCUCAUUGCCUCAUAAUUUUAAUGACUUUUUUUUAUAUUUUUUUAUCGGCCACUGCAGAUCUCCCCCCAGCUCUCACUGUACCUUGGCUGCAAUAAUUUUGACCUGUCCCAACAUUUCACUUUUGACUAUGGCACUGAUGAUCAGUAGAGUUCUGUACAUUGCCUCUGUUUUGGCUGCUGUAUCAAUGCCUCAUAUUUGUAUACGUGUUUGUAUAGAUCAGUUCGUUACAGAAUUGCGGUUUGGCCAUCUUUUUCAGGGAUACUCUGAGGGGUCUGUCCGACUUUCCUCUCACCCUGGCACCCCUGUUGAACAGGGAUGUGUUGAACUCUGCAGCUUGGCCGUUGUGAAUGUAUUCUAGAGUUUGUGAUUUUUAUGAUUUUAUUCUUAUUAAUCGUUUUGUUUCAACAUGAAAGGCUGGGAAGAUACGGGACAGCUUUGUAUUUCAUAAAAUAAGGAGGAUUAUACAGCAAUGGCAAUCUUUGCAGGGUUAUACAGAAGCUGUUGCUCAGUCUAACAAAAUAAGAUUUUUAUUUUAUUAUUAAUAUAUAUUUUUUUUGUAAUGCAGUUACUAAUCCUAAGGGCUUUGUAUUAGACUCCUGCACAGACAUCAACACAACUUCAGAUGCUCCAUAAACUGGUGUAACAGUUCGGACAGUGUUUCAGAAGCAGACAUGCUCUGUUGUUUCCUGGACUUUACUUACUUACUUCCACACCACAAGUGGAACCACACCUUCUCCUGUAAUUAUAAUCUACAGUAUAUAUGUAUACACAAUAUACAUGGAUAUAUAUAUAUGAACUAAACAUGUAUGAAUAGUUACUUGUACUUCAAUAUCUACACAAUAUACGGAAUGGACAGACAAACUUAGUUACAGUAGCAAACAGAGACUUCAUAAUGGUUAAUUGCAUUGUUCAGUGUAUAAUCUAUAAUGGCUUUGUGUUACAGAUCAAGUUUAGAGUAACUAAUGUGCAACAUUUUUAAUAUCAAGUACCAGUUUUCCUGUGCCUGUGUAUGCUCUCUCAAAGGAGCAUUGCAGUUUUUUGGGGGGGAGGGGUGGGGUUGUUUGUUUUUUUGUUUUGUUUUUUUGGAAAGGAGCGGUAUUUAUAUAAUGAAACAAGUUCAUGUAAAAUGUGGUUGUAAAACUUUGAUAUUUUGUUUGCUUUUUGAUGGUGUAGUCAGCUUUAUUUGACUCUCUGUACAUUUUAAACAGUUUGUGGACAAAAAAAAAAUGUCCUUACCUAAACCCAGCCAUGUCACCUAUACCUCUCUCUCCUAUUGGAACUUAAGUUGUACUUUUCUUAUGUGAUGUUCUGUAAGAAGUAGUGUUAACCAUUCUAUUUAUUUAUUUCUGCAAACUUUAAAAAACCUCUCUAGAUGUACACUGAGAUAAAGUGGUCAAUUAAGCUCUCUUUGAAAGCAUGUGGCAGUGCUCUCUGUUUUUGGAAAUGUAUCAUGGUUCUCUUUGUACAGAAAUGUGUUGCGGACCACCGACUGUACUUUACGGAGGGAGAGGUAAGAGCAUGAAGAGGGAGAGAUUUUAAAUUGUUCCUCUUGGAGGAAGUUUUCCUUCAUCUUACGAACACUUCCUUUCCCCUGCAACUUCAGGAGAUCAUGUGGAUGUUGAUGCCGACAGUUUAAGGGGUUUUAUUUUUUUCUUCAAGUUGCCCCAUCAGUGUUUUACCAUUUUACAGACAAAUGAAGGAAAAAUUGUUAAUCUAAAAUAGUCAACCACAAACUACUUAAGAAUGAAUGUAUAAUGAGGAAAAAAAAAAAAAAAAUUGUACAUAAUUGUAAAAAAGGAAAAUUUCUAAUCAUGUUUAUUUUCUAUGCACUUUUUUUUAUUUAAGUGAUAGUUUAAAUAAUAAACAUGUCUCGUUUACUCAAA